UUGUGUGAUUGGAAAAAACAACUUUUAUAGUUGUGCUGUAAUGUUUUGUGCCUGUCGCGUACAUUUAAUGAUUUGAACAAAUAAGUAACAUCGACGGCGUGGUAUGAUCCAUAUUGUGAUUGUAGCAGUUGUAGUCGCACGUGCUCGUUAUCUGAAAAGUAGCUAGCAAGAAGAUAAAAGAUUGUCGUCGAUAGUUUCUCCCGUUAAGAUGGAGAAGCAGCCGUUGCCAGCUGAUGAUGACAAGACAGAAACCGUAGAGUCGGAGGUCGAUGCCCUCACUGGUGAAAACAGACCGCAGGGCUUGGCGGAGCCUGCAGCUCGAGCAGGAUGGAACAGCAAAAUCGAGUAUUUUUUGGCUCAGGUGGGAUUCAGCGUCGGCCUCGGAAACGUUUGGAGGUUUCCCUAUUUGUGUCAUAAGAACGGAGGAGGCGCUUUUCUCCUUCUGUACGUUCUCCUGCUGCUGGUCGUGGGCAUUCCUCUCUUCUUCCUGGAGCUGGCAGCCGGUCAGGCUAUCCGGCAGGGCAGCAUCGGAGUGUGGAAGUACAUUUCCCCCAAGCUCGCUGGAAUCGGUUACUCCAGCUGUGUGGUUUGUUUUUUUGUGGCUCUUUACUAUAAUGUGAUCCUCGCUUGGAGUCUCUUCUACCUUGGGAACUCCUUCCAGUACCCGUUACCGUGGGAACAGUGUCCCAAACAGGGGAACAUAACAGUGAAAGAAUGUGAAAUGAGCUCCCCCACGUCGUAUUUCUGGUUCCGGAAAGCUUUGGACACCACAGAUUCAAUCGACGAGGUGGGCUCCUUCAACACCAACAUGAUCUGCUGUCUGCUGGCGGCCUGGACCAUCGUGUGUUUGGGGAUGUUCAAAGGCAUCAAAUCCUCCGUCAAGGUGAUGUAUUUCUCCUCCAUCUUUCCUUACGUGGUGCUCAUAUGUUUUCUUGUGAGAGGAUUACUGCUGGAAGGAGCCAAGGAGGGGAUCAUUUUCAUGUUCUACCCAAAGUUGGAAAAAUGGGGAGAGCUGCAGGUUUGGCUGCAGGCGGCCACUCAGGUUUUCUUUGCGUUGGGCCUCGGCUUCGGCUCCAUCAUUGCCUACUCCUCUUACAACCCCAAAAACAACAACUGUCACAGAGACGCCUUCACCGUCUCUUUCAUCAACUUCCUCACGUCCGUGCUGGCCUCUCUGGUGGUGUUCGCCGUUCUCGGCUUCCACGCUAAAGUCAAAGUGGAUGCGUGUGUUGCCAGUAACAUGAAGACACUAUCAGAGCUUUAUCCCCAAGGUUUGGUUAACCAAACCUUCAACUCCUCAGAUUCCAGUCCUGUAGCUCCAGAGCUCUACAGCAGCUGGUUCAGAGAGUACGGGAAAAACCUUCCCGCUAAUUUAACAGACUGUGAUCUUGAGAAACAGAUGAAAGAAGGCGUUGAAGGAACAGGUCUGGCGUUCAUUGCCUUCACAGAGGCUAUGUCCCACCUGCCCGGCAGCCCCUUCUGGUCCGCACUCUUCUUUCUCAUGUUGCUCAAUCUGGGACUCAGCACCAUGUUUGGCACCAUGGAGGGCAUCCUCGCCCCCCUCUCCGAUCGCUUCAAAACCCUGGCCAAAAACAAGACCAAACUCACCAUUUUCAGCUGCAUCAUCGGCUUCAUCAUCGGCCUGAUCUUCACCCAGCGCUGCGGGAACUACUUUGUGACCAUGUUUGACGACUACUCCGCCACUCUGCCCCUCAUUAUUGUGGUGGUCUUUGAGUGCUUCAGUGUGUCUUGGCUUUAUGGGGCCGAUAGAUUUCUUGAUGACAUUGAGCUGAUGUUAGGCUGGCGCCCGACAAUCAUCUACAAAUAUCUGUGGAAAUAUAUUUGCUUGCUGGCCAUGGUGGGACUGCUGGGGGUCACCACCAUCCGCACCAUCAUCAAACGGCCCACAUACACGGCGUGGAACCAGGAAACGGCCUCAAACAGUGAUCUGCCGUACCCCGACUGGGCUCUGGCUGUGCUGGCUCUGCUCAUCCUGUUCGCCAUGAUGCCCGUCCCUGUGGGACUGAUCCACUCCUUCCUGCAGGAUCGUAAAAAGCCAUCCAGAGACUCGGAGGCGGGUCAGUACAGCAUUGUUAACACCGAUGAGACUCCCAUGGCCGACAUGUCUGAGCUGGACCUCAGAAAUGGCUUCGCUAACUCGGUGUCCUAAAAAUUGGAAUGACAUAAAAACAAAAGUUUGGCCUAUGUGGGCUGUUUUUAAAAGACUUGUAUUUGACUGUGCAACACCAAUAUUUAAUAUUUAAUAUAUUUACCCCAAUGUAUUAUAAUUACUGAUCUGAAUCGUUAUGUAAAAUGAAAAGGGAUACCUUUAAUUUUAUUUAAGUUUCAGCAAAAAAAAAAAAUCAAACUGCUGGAAAAUGGGGCACAAAUAAUAUAUUCCUGUUUAAAAACGUUGAAGUGAAUUCCCCAAAGUUGUUAUUUGUCUUUGUAAAAAUGUCUUCCAAAUGACCAAAUAUUUAAUACCGGAACUGUCAAAUGUUCUCAUGAAAAAUCCAGCUUUUUUAAACGUACCUUUUUAUAAAGGGAUCCAAUGUUUUUUUUAAUAUAUAAUUUUGUUCAUUUGAUAAAUGGUCAAUACACUUUGUCUUUUGUUCUCCACUGAUUUUAAUGGGCUUUUCUGCAUGAAGUGGAAAUGCAGUUUGUUUAUAAUCAAAGUAGAGGCUGCAUCGAUGUGGGCAAACCUUUUAAACUUUGACAGAAGAGCCAAAACAGGAGCAACCUGGAGUGUUUUGGUAAACCACUACAUAAAAGAAAGAAAUGGCAUGAAAUCUGGACUAAAACCUGCUUUCAUUUUGAUUGGAAUUAAUAUGUAUCUUUGAAUUUUGGAUGUUUUGGGUUUUUUUUCCCAAACUUUUGACUUUUUCAUUUUAGUGCCAAAAUUAGAGAAAUUCUGCAUUCAUGUUGUGUUGGAAUGAUUGGAAAUAUGAAUGUCCAACUCAGAAAACACACGUGAACACCAGAAAAACUUCCAAAAUCACAUGAGUGCAGAAAAACUUUCUGCACCUAAGCAAAAGUCGAUGUAUUUGUAGUGCAACAUAUAUGGGAGACACAGGAAAAAUCAAACAUUAAAAGGGGUUAAUAAUGCAAUUUAUUCCAGUUUGAUUGGCCAAAUUAAAUAUUUCAAUGUCCCCCGGGCCUUAGUUUGUCCCUCCCAUGACUGCAGCUAAAAUAAAUUAAAAAAAGACAGGCAUGUUUAAACUGUGAUCCAUUCUCAGCUGGAAAUAUUUGAACUGUUAGUGAUCCACACUUACUGUUGUAUCCGUGUGUUUUACUCACAAAGAAAAAACUUCUCACUGCCAAAUAUUUCUGAGUAUCACCUUGUAAAUGUUUCAAACACUAUUCAACCGUGUUUACAACUUUAAAGUCAGGUCUGUUUUUGUUUCACCCAAAUAUCUGUCAGAAUCUGUAAGUUCAGACUGACGUGGACCUCAACAGCUGUGAUGCCUUCAUGCUCUGUAUUUCUGACAACUCUGCUUGUUUUCUAUUUGAAUUGUAUUUUCAAACGUUGACCCCUUUAAUCUAAGUUUUUUUUUAAUCAAGGAUCAGGAGAAACACGUUUUUUGAGCCAUAACAGCUGCUGUCAACACGACUGUUUUAGCAUUUUUGAAGUGAUGCAUUUCAGUAUGAAAAUAGUUUCUAGAAACAGUGUUUGAGUUUACAUGAUCAGUAAACAUCUAUUUUUUUAAGUCGACUGUUCCUGCAUAAAAUAUGUUACGAAUCUCAUUUAUAUCUAGUAGUUAUGUCAGCUACAACAAAAAAACAGUACUGCCAUUUAGUGUUUUAUGGGAUAAUUAUAGAUCAAUGUGAGUAACAAUCAGGUGAGAUCUGUGCAGAAAUAAUCCAUGUUUAUCUUAAGUAUCAAGAAGGUAUCAAUGUAAAGAUGAAUUCUUUUUUUGUAAAUAUACAUGUAGUGUGUGUAAAAAGUACUUUUCUACACAUAGUUGAAAAUCUGUAUAUAUGUCACUUUGAAACCCAAAACUGCUUUUGUUGUUGUUUUAGUCCAAAUUAGGAUGGUGUUCGGUUCCUGUAGAUAUCAGGGCAGUAUCUGGCCUCUUUCAGACGUGUUCCCCCAAAUAUGGCAGCAUUGUCACGUCUGAAUGAGCUCUGUGAUUUAAUCCACAGUAAUUGUUUUUUUUUUUUUUUUUUUUUUUCUGUACGAGCCAAAAACUUGAGACGAAAGAAAGCUCUGUUAUGCUAAACUUUAAACCAGGACAUUUACGGACAUUUUUUUUCUUUUGUUCUACAUUGUCACAUUCAACUGUGAAGCUACAGUUUGCAUGAUGUAAAAAAUAACAAAAAGUUCUAAAAAAAGAAAGUUUGUCUGUUCACUUUUACAUUUUGCGACGCAGCAUUAGGGCCACUUUAGAAACGUUUUUUUGUUUUUGUUUUUAAAUUACAACGUUAAAUCGUAAAUUUACGAAAAUAAAAGGUAACUGCUAAAUUACAGGAAUAAACUUGUAUAUUUCUGACUUCAAAAGUCUUAGGCUAAAUUUUUGACUUUUUUUCGUACAAUUAUCACUUUUAAACUCGUAAAUUUACUAGAGUAAAAGUCGUAAAUUUACAAGAGUAAAAUUUGUAAAGUUAUGCGAUUAAAAGUAGUAAAUUUAUGAGAUUUAAAGUCGUAAAGUUUUAGGAGAAAAAAACGUGCAAAUUUACCAGAUUAAAAAUCAUAAAUUUACUAAAUUAAAAGUAGUAAAAAUACAAGAUUCAAAGUUGUAAAUUUUUACAAGAAAAAAAACUCAAAAUUUACAAGAUUAGAAGUAUAAAUGUACGAGAUUUAAAGUCGUAAAUUUGCAUGAAUAAAGGUAAAAAAUUUACGAGAUUUAGAAAAAACUACGUUACAGACUGAAUUUACAAGAUUUACCACAUUAAAAGUAGUACAUUUACCAGACUUAAAGUCGUACAUUUUUCAAGGAAAAACUCAUAAGUUUAAAGUUUUACAUUUUUUACAAGAAAAAAUUAGUAAAUUUACGAGAUUAAAAGUAGUAAAAAUACGAGAUUAAAAGUAGUAAAAUUUGGAGAUUAAAAAUCGUACAUUUACGAGAUUAAAAACUGUUUCACAAUACUUAAAGUCAUAAUUUUACAAGAAAAAAACUCAAAUUUUUUUUUUUUUUGUAUUACUAAUACUCCGUCAUAACAUUUCAAUAAAAGUUGCAUCAAAGCAAAAUUGACUAAGGUUUGAUUAACCCACUUCCUAUCAGUGAGAGCAUUGUGGUUAUGAAAGUAUAACCAAGUUGUGUUUUUUUUAGAAAGGUUAUUCCAUUAUUAUUGUUUAAAUACCUAUUGGUGGUUUUAUGACCAACAUGACUGUUCCUGUGAUCAAAGUGCCUUCAACUGUGAUUGGCUGAAACAACAAAGGUGUAAAAACCGUCUGUACAGUUUUAUGAUUGUUUGUUUUUUGUUAAACUGUAGUGUAAAAGUUGUAUAGUUAGAUUUUAAAGAUGUAUAAUUUCUGUUUUGCUUCUUAAUAAAGAAAACUUUUAGCACAUA